UGGGAGUCGGGGAUGGGGGUUGGCGUCGGUACACUUGCUUUAUUGCUUUCCUGCUUGCUGCUUGUGGCUGGGCUGGGGUUCUUUUUUCUUUCUUUGUUUGUUUUCGUUUUCGUUUUCGUUUUCGUUUUCUUCCGCUGGGGAUUGUUCGGAGGGUUCGUUGCUAUUAUACCUAUCAUACGCUUUUGCUUUCUUCUUGUUUUUUCUUUGUCUUUUUCUUUCAGGUUCGGUAGUUGUCUUCAGUACUCUUCAGUACUUAGGCAGGAGGAGCCUUUUACUCUACUCUACCAUAUCGGCCAGAGGACUUUUGUUUGUUUGUAUGUAUGAUACUUCUGGACUCUACCUACCUAGGUACCUAGUCUAUCAUAGAAACGAUGAAUCAUGCAUGACGGUGGCUUGGUUUGGUUUUGCGGGUUACUUAUGAGGUAGGUACUCAGUGUAUUUUAUCAUUGCUCUACGUACCUGGUACUGGAUUUAUAAUCGGUUUCUUUUGCUUUUGCUUUGUAUGAUAGGUACUCUAUACAGACUACUUGAGUGGUUACUAGGAAGUGGGAAGUAGGUGCCAUAGAUACUAUUGGUAGCUGGGGCAAUCGACGGGAUUGAUCUGUUGUUUGUUGUCUGUUAUUGCGUUUCCUCGACUGGCUUUUUUUUUUGUUGUUGUUGCAAUAUUGCCGUAGUAGACGUCCGCGCCGCUGGGCGGGAAUCGGCACGGGCACGGACACGACUACAUAGCUGGCACGGCCGUAACUACUAUAUAGCGGGAAAUAGUUGAACG